AUGUCUACUUCUGCCCGGCGCCGUCUCAUGCGAGACUUCAAGCGAAUGCAGACUGAUCCUCCUGCCGGAGUUUCUGCAUCACCGGUCGCCGAUAACGUGAUGACCUGGAAUGCAGUCAUCAUCGGCCCUGCCGACACACCAUUCGAAGAUGGAACUUUCCGCCUCGUUAUGCAAUUUGAAGAAGCCUACCCGAACAAGCCGCCUGGUGUCAAGUUCGUUAGCCAGAUGUUCCAUCCCAAUGUGUACGGCACCGGCGAGCUAUGUCUGGAUAUUCUACAGAACCGAUGGUCGCCCACAUAUGAUGUCGCCGCCAUUCUCACCAGCAUUCAGUCCCUCCUCAACGAUCCAAACACUUCAUCGCCAGCCAAUGUCGAAGCCUCGAAUCUGUACAAGGACAACCGCAAAGAGUACACCAAGCGAGUGAGAGAGACGGUGGAGAAGAGCUGGGAGGACUGA